CACUCAACCUCCAACACAAAAUAUAUCUCCCGAAUAUUCCUGCCGCGCAAUUCGCCCGAGAAUCGCUCUUAAUUUCCCCACAUUGUAUACCUCCCGCUCCCCACGGGGAAUGACUCGCACGUCCGAGCAACGGCCACGGCGCCGCCCAAAUGUGACGUUGUUCGAAAUCACCAUGUAUGAAAGACGCGCUGAUUGCCUCUCGAAAACGAUUCCUGGGUAGCGGAUACCGACAAUUGAUAACGCGUCGCAAGCAUGCGUCUCUCCCUGGUACCUGCGCUGUCCUCUCUCCUCCCAUUAGUAUACAGCGCGACUCCGCCAACUGUGGAAAUUCGCAACGGCACAAUCCUCGGCGUCCUCAACACCACUCGCUCCGUAGAAAAGUUCCUCGGCAUACCCUAUGCCGAACCCCCCGUUGGUACCCUGCGACUUGCUCAGUCAAUACCACUCAAGUCCCCCUUUGGAACUCUAAACGCCAGUGCGUAUGGUCCAGCGUGCUACAACUCUCUGAAUGUGGGGAACCCGAGUGAGGACUGCCUCACGCUGAAUAUAUGGCGGCCCGCAGGUGAAACCAGCAGUAAUGCCUCGCUGCCCGUCCUUGUCUGGCUCUACGGCGGCGGGCUAGUAGCUGGAUAUGCGGCGGAUCCUAAGUUCGAGGGGACCAACCUCACUGCCAACUCCGCAGCCGUUGGCAAGCCCAUUAUCAUCGUCACGCUGAACUAUCGGCUUGGUCCCUUUGGCUUCCUCAACGGAAAGGAGAUGGCAGAGCUGGGGCUGCUGAAUCUGGGCAUGCUGGACCAACGACGCGCAUUCCAUUGGAUCCAGGAGAACAUCGGUGCCUUCGGCGGCGAUCCGAAGAAGGUGACCCUAGCCGGGGAGUCCGCAGGCGCAGUCUCGAUAUACAGCCACAUGAUGGCGUACGGCGGGCGCGACGACGCUCUUUUCCAUGGCGCGAUCCUCGAAUCCGGGGGCGCAUUCCCACUCACAGGGCCCGACACGCCAGCCUUCCAAGCCUCCUUCAACGCCCUCAUCACAAACACCACGUGCGCGUCCACCUUAAACGGUACCGCAGCAGAGAAACUGGACUGCAUCCGCGGACUCGACGUACCCACCUUGCGCGCCUCGGUCGGCAAAUCGACCGGCCAGUCAAUAGACGGAGACUUCACGCGAACCUCACUCAUCAACGCCCUGCAUUCCGGCGCUUACGCCCACAUCCCCACCAUUGUCGGCACGAACACAGACGAAGGUACAACCUCUGCGCCGACUAACGUUUCCACGCUAUCCGAUCUCCUCGGCCCCGUUUCAGACGGCUAUUUCCGCCCCCGCAAGCUGCCCAAUACUACCGCCUCCACGCUGAUAAGUAAGUACAGCACCAACCCCCGGUUAGGAUGUCCGUACAAUACGGGCGAGACGAGGUUCUCGGGGGGAGCGCUGGAUAAGAUGGCGUGCAGUAUCUUCGGGGACAUUGUGCAGAUUGCGCCAGCGAGGAUGAUUGCGCACGUGCUCACGCGCAGCGGCGUUCCGGUCUGGCGGUACAGGUUCAACCAGCUCCCGCCCGGAGGUGAGAUGACUGGAAAAGGGAUUGGCACGGCGGUCGAGCAGCAAUACGUCUUUUCGAAUGUUGUAAACGCGACGGCGUGGGAUGGGAAUGUGGCGUUCCAAAUGGGCGCGCUGUGGGCGAGCUUCGCGCAUGAUAUGGACCCAAAUGGGGUUGUUGCUGAGGUGGGAUUGCCCAAGUGGCCGACGUACGGGAAGGACGCGAAUAGUAUCGUAUUGAGUGGGUUUGGGAGUUCUAUCGAGCAGGAUACAUACCGUGGUGAUGCGAUUCAGUAUAUCAUCGACAAAGUAUUGCCAGACGGGGCGGCGUGAGCGAGAAACGAAGGCGGAACAAUGACGAAGAGCCUGAUAGUCUGUAAUGAAUAUGUAUGCAAUAGAAAGAUAUGGGUAUCAUAACGCCAACAUAACGUAACGCCGCAAGAAGGAACUUUCCAAUAAAAACA